AUGACUCGCCCAAUCAAGAGGCAGGCUAUUGGAAGUGGUUCUAAACCCACUAUGGGUAAGAGCUUCCGGCCAAAGAUCAGCGGCCGAAAGACUAUCUACAGUAAAUACUCAAGGAUCCACGAAGGAGAUUGUAGGCAGGGAACGUCCACUUGCUUUAGAUGUGGAAAGCCUGGACAUUUCUGGAAGGACUAUCCUACGAAUAUUGCUGAAGGAACAAAAUCUCAAGGAAGCGGAGCACAGGCACGGGUAUAUUCUCUUAUGCCCGGAGGAGAAGAAGAAGGAUUCGAAGGUGAUGAAGAGGAUGCGGAUGUAGUAAUAGGUACCAUUCCUCUAUUCGGUAAAGUAGCAAGCAUUCUUUUUGACUCAGGUACAACGCAUUCCUUCAUAUCAUCUACAUACGUUAAAUUGUGUAGCAUGACUCCUCGACCCUUGAACCAAAACAUAACUGUGUCCACACCUACUGGGAAUGUAGUUACUUGUAGGAAAUUCAUUGAGAACUGCCCUAUCGUCAUAGGAGAUAGAGUCCUACCGGCAAACCUAGCAGUGUUUCAAAUGUUAGGUUUUGAUGUAAUUUUAGGAAUGGACUGGUUGUCAAAGCACUAUGCCAAUAUCGACUGUAGGGAGAAAGAAGUUAUUUUUUGCUCUCUAAACGAAGAAGAAUUCAAAUUUUGUGGAUCUCGAGUACGAGCCACUCCACCUCUUCUUUCUGCAAUUCAAGCAAGGCAGAGCAUUAACUGUCAUGCGCAAGCAUUUUUAGUCUAUGUCAAGGCGGAGCCGGAAGGAGAAUGUAAGCUGGAAGAUAUACCUGUAGUGCGCAAUUAUCCCAACGUUUUCGCCGAAGUCACAACUGGAUUGCCACCUGAUUGA